UCAUCAUCAUUAUCAUCAUCAUUUUCAUCAUCAUCGUCAUUAUCAUCAUCAUUAUCAUCAUCAUUAUCAUCAUCAUUAUCAUCAUCGUCGUCAUUAUCAUCAUCAUCAUCAUUAUCAUCAUCAUCAUUAUCAUCAUCAUCAUUACCAUCAUCAUAAUCAUCAUUAUCAUCAUCAUCAUUAUCAUCAUUAUCAUCAUCAUCAUUAUCAUCAUCAUUAUCAUCAUCAUCAUCAUUAUCAUCAUCAUCGUCACCAUCAUCAUCAUCAUCACCA